AAUGCAGCGACUGUAUGGGGUGGAGUAUAGUUUAAAAUACAGGUUUAAAUGUAUCGAAGCGUGUCCGCCGCCCCUCGCGCCGGCUUUGCCAGCCGGGCUGGGAAUAAACGAGCCGGCGCGCCGGGGAAAGUUGCGCUCCCGGCGGCUCGGACCCGCAGCUCUAAAAUGGCUGGCUGUAGGUCCGAGGAAGCUCCGCUGCAGCUGAGGGAUGAUGGAUCCGCUCCACACCACGGCUGUAUGCCCCAAAAUGGAUUCUCAGUUGGCCUCAGUCCUGACCAGUGGCAGCCUGGAAGUCCAAAAUGGCAGCCAGCGUGGAGAGACACCAGGACAAGUGGCAGGAUUUUUUAUGGACUCAAAGGAUAAAAUCUUGUCCUGCACCAAACCAGGUAACCUCAAGUCCUGUCCUGUCAAAGCAGCAGUGACCAUCAGCCAGGAUGCUCUAUCAAUCAAUAGGAAGAAGCCAGAGGUGGGCGGGACUUCUAAGCCAGCCACUCAGGAAACAAGUAAGAUUGGUGGGUUCAAACAGCCAAUUGCAGCAAAGGCUGGAGUGCCUGUUCUGCGCAGGCAACCAAUAAGAAUCAAAAUUGUUGUCCCCUCAAGGUGCAAGAGGCAAAUCUCAAACCCUGCCAUCAGGCUGGCCAAAGACUGUGCUGUUUCACAUUUUCAGGGACCCGUGUUGGUCUCUGCCGGAGCAGUGACUGCAGAAAAAAACAAAAGUCAGAUUUGUUUAUCGGUUAUUAAAAAGGAAGGUGAGAUCAUGGAAGUCACUUGUCAAACGAAUGAAGAGAAAGCUGAGGCCAACUCAUUCCAGGACACAGAGAGGGGGGAUGAGCUGAGGGAAGAGAGUAACAUUAUGGCUGUCAGGACUGCACACACAGAUGGGUCAGAGACUAAUUUUAAUCCCAGCACUAAUACAGCUGAAAUGCUGAGCCAUCAGUUGAUUAAAGAGGAGACUACAGAGAGAGGAAGUCACCCAAAUAUUCCUCUGAUUUUGCAAGAAAUAGCUUUUGAAUCUGGCAAAACUUUUUACGAGGUGGAACUGGAGGAGCAGACGGAACCACUUGACUUGAGCUCGCCUGAGAAAAGAGAGGCGAGAGAGAGGAGGUGUGGACUUUUUCUGGAUGGUCCAAGCGAGAGCUCUUUGAUCAUGGAGGUGGAUGAAUAUGAGGGAGAAGGAGAGAGGGACACGGUGGAAGAAGACAGUGAGGAAGAACUGUGUCUAAAUAGUAGAGGAAUGUCCUCUCCUUUCUUCUCUACCUCUGUCCUCACAUCGCCCUCUUCACUGGACUGUGACACUGAAAACCUUCUCCUCAUUGACGACCAGGGAAUCCCGUAUACGCUCACUCCAGAGGGACGCAAAGUCCCACAAGUCAACGUUUCCACCUCAGAGGACGCUCUGAGAGAUCAGGCUACUUCAUCAGAGGUUGAAGAGGAGGGGUCAUUGCAGCUAGCCACGUUAUCAAAUCCCAUCCACAGCCAAAGUUCAGACAAUGCACUAAAUGCACCUUCCAAUGAAUUUUACUCCUCUACCGGUCCUUAUGAUUUGUCAUCACAAGUCACGGAUCAGACGGAAGCUGCAGAAGUCUGCACGAGUUUAAUGACAGACUCAGAUCCUUCAGCUGCUUCAGAGUCAAAUGUGGACACUACUCAGGAGGCUAAUGCAAUUUUGCCUCCUUCCUCUGGGAUACCACUCUCCACUCAGCCCAUUCAGAUCCUCACACACCCUUCAACCGAUGGUCCUCUUCUCCUCUUGUCUUCCUCCUCUUCCUCCUCUCAGCUAUCCUCCGCUCCAGUUAGCCUCUCUCUUCCCCUCUCAGUAACGUCACCUGGCGUUUCCACCCCCAUGUUUCUCCUCCUCUCCACGGUACCCUCUUCAUCCGAUGAUUCCACCUCUACCUCCACCCCCAUCGCUGUCCUUGACCCUUCCACUGGUCAGUUGUCGCAGAUUACUGCGGCGUCAGCUCCAGUUUACCUCCCGUUGUCCUCUGGUCAGGUCAGUUCGCUGGGAUCUCCUCUGCCCACACUGUCUCACCCCAUCAUCAGACUCAACCCCAAUAACGCCCCUUUCAUCAUGUCAGGAAUUAAUAGCAUAACCCCAGGCUCUGUUCUCAGCUCUCUUGCUGUCCCCUCGUCCACUUUUGCGCUGCAGGACGACCACCCCAACACGACGCCGCUUGUUCAAACUCAGAUCAGCGACUCUGAAUCAAACUCCGGAAAUAAAGCCAUAUCUGCUGAAGAUGUUUCAAACGAAAACGACAAGCCAUCGACUUUUGCAGCGUCCUCUCCGCCGCCGCAGUUAACAUCGUAUGAUUCCUUAGCGCAGCCCACUCCAGAGGCCCAGUCACCGGCGUCAGACACAAGAUUUGAGUCCUCAGACCUCCCCUCCGAGCACUUACCGUGGGACGACCAUCUCUACUUCUCUAACGCCCUUGCUCCCCCCUCCCCUCCCACUGGACUCAUCUUACCCUCGGGUAAACUCGACUCCCUGGACUCCCUGGACCCCCUCUCUCCCGCAGAGUCUCCCACCACUCUGGGCUCCCGGAGAGUGCUAUGCUGCCAGCUGUGCCCGCGGAUCUUCUUUUACCUCUCUGACCUUGAGCGCCACGCCAUUACUCACUCACAGAAGAAGCCUCAUGUAUGUCAGCAGUGCGGCAAAGCUUUCAAACGCUCCAGCCACCUGCAGAGACACAAGCACAUUCACACGGGCCAGAGGAACUUUGUGUGCCCCAUCUGUGCCAAGCGUUUCAGGGAGGCAGGUGAACUCCAGCGCCAUCAAAGGGUGCACACCGGAGAGAAACCCUACCAGUGCCAGCUCUGCCACACGCGCUUCGCCGAGCGCAACACGCUGCGGCGACACACCAAGCGCAAACAUCCGUAUCACCAGGUGGCCAUGGAGAUGUUGAACGAGAGGAGAGACAAAGGAGGUGGCCGAGGAGAUGGGGGAGGAGGAGGCAUGGGCGUCCAGGAGGAAGAGGAGAGUGCUGAAUGGUACAGCUCCACCGUGUCAACUUUGGAUAACUCAGAGUCUGAAAUGGAAACGUAACACUCCAAACUAUAGGAAGCGGCGUCGACAGGCCCAUCCUAUCUAACGGUACCUAGGCUCUAAAGUUUAACAUUCUAAAAAGGGAGUAUUUGCAAUAUUAAUUCCAGUUUUAAUGGCAAUGUAAUAUAUGAAUGUACAUUAUUCCCAUUCCUUUUAAUGGGCCAAAAGCUAGUAUUCAAAGACUGAUGUGAUUUCAAAUAGAAUCCCCUAUGAGGAGAACAAUGCAUAUACAAGAAGGAAGGUUCAAGUGAGUUCAAGAUGUUAAUUAAAAUGUUAACAUGCCCCUUUGAAGUUGCGUUCCCAUGCAAUCCGUGAUAAAACUCCUAAGUGCUCAGAAAAGAAAGAAGCUUGUUUAGAUGAAGCAAAUCUCUGCUCUAUUUGUAUAUAUAAAGAGCACUAGUUAUAAGAGCUGCACUUCUGCACUAUUUCAUGUGAAAGAUGGAAUCUUUCCUACCGUCAAAGACACUGUGAGUCAUUUGCACUUGUUAUUUGAGCUUGAAAUUCAGUUUUAUACAUUGUGAAUGAAACUGCUUUCUUUGAAUUAGUUGCAGCUAUUGAUUUUGUGUAUUUAAAUAUAUCCUGUAAGAGUUUGACCAAAUGUUUUUGAGUUAU